AUGUCCUUGCAAAAGACCAUCCCGUUGUACUCUCACGUGGCACCCGUGCCAGGUACACCGCUCUCAGACAAUGAAGCCAAUUCGACCCUCUUCUCCUCGCUACAGGUCCGAGGGCUGACUCUCCAAAACCGCAUCGCUGUCUCUCCCAUGGGCAUGUUCAGUGCCAAUGAUGGACAUCUGACAGACUUCCAUCUGGUACAUUACGGCUCUUUCGCUACCAAAGGUGCAGCCCUCGUCAUAGUUGAAGCUACAGCCGUAGCUCCGAAUGGCAGAGUCUCAACAGGAGAUUCAGGUCUUUGGAAGGAUAGCCAGAUUGCACCUUUGAAGAGAGUUGUUGACUACAUCCACGCUCAGGGCCAGAAUGCAGGUAUCCAGCUUUGCCAUUCUGGUCGAAAGGGUUCCAUGCAUCCGCCGUGGCUUGCCAAGGGUGAUCCUAUGGUGAUCUUCCCACUUGCAACCAAGGAAGAAGGCGGCUGGCCGAAUGAUGUCUGGGCACCAAGUGCGAUUUGUCAUGGCCCUGGAUACCCUAUGCCAAAAGAAAUGGGACACAAACAAAUUGAUCUUGCGGUUGAGCAGUUUGCUAGGGCGGCUAGAAGAGCUGCUGAAGCUGGCGUUGAUUUUAUCGAACUCCACGGCGCUCACGGAUAUUUAAUCAACGCGUUCCUCUCGCCUCUCACGAAUUAUCGAACGGACGAAUAUGGUGGCUCUUUUGAGAACAGAACGAAAUUCCUUUUCCGUGUUCUUGAAGCUGUCCGUGAUGCUAUACCAGAGACUGUUGUUCUCUCAUUGCGCAUUUCUGCGGUUGAGUGGAUGGAGUGGAGUGGUCAGGAUUGCUGGACAUUGGAAGACUCCAUCAGACUUGCUAAGCUUCUUCCCCAAGCGGGCGUUGACAUUCUUGAUGUCUCGUCUGGUGGUAACCAUAAUGACCAAAAGAUCGACAUUCACCCCUACUAUCAGAUCGAUCUUGCAUACCAGCUCCGACAGGCCAUCAAAGCUGAUGGUAUCGAACUGCUGAUCGCCGCAGUGGGGUUUAUCGACAACCCUGCCAUGGCUGAGAGUGUCGUUCAUGGUAAUGACGCUUUUAAGGCAGUACAAGAGACGAGCGGAACAAACGGAAAGGUUGGGAAAGGAAAGUAUGAGGAUUCUCAGGCGGACUUGGUUAUGGUUGGAAGACAGUUCUUACGAGAUGCGGGUUUUGUGCUGACAGCUGCGAAGGAGUUGGGCGUGAAAGUCCAGUGGCCUCUGCAGUAUACCAAGGUUCGAUAG